GGCACCAGACAUGGCGGCUGCUGGUGCCCUUGCCGUCUUGGCGCUCAGCCAUUGGUUCCGCCACCUUGUGCAGCAUUACGACCGCACGAGGGCGAACGCGACGAAGAUGGCGGGCGGCCCCGAGUGGACGGGUUUCGAGAGUGAGUGCUUCGGCGUCGGUGCCCAGUGUUUGAG